AUGUAUGAGACUGGUAAUACUGUGAAUCAUAAUGUUGUUAACGAAGCAUCAACCGACGAUGACGACACACCGUGUUUAUCUCAGCAUACUUUAUCUGCAUUGGCCGAGUUUUAUGCCGAGCGAAAGACGUCCAAGGACGAAAACAAUGUUGAGGAAGAUUGGCAGGUCUUCGUUACUUUUCAGUUAAGUCAGUUUUGGUACUCAAAAGAAACGGCAGAAACGUUAGCUGCAGAAUGCAUUACAGCAGUAGAAGCUGGUGGAAAUAUUGCUUGUGUCUCGUGUCCGACAUUAAUGGAAGGCCUUGUAAAGAGUGAAAGAAUACGAUCUAAAAAACUCUUGGUGAAACUUUUGGAAUACGACUUGCGCUUCGCAUCUGUAUAUCCAACUCAGUUCAUAUUUUACGACUAUAAGAGUCCUCUUGCUUUGCCGGAAGGUUGCUGUAAAAUGUUUGAUCUUAUUGUUAUUGAUCCACCCUUUCUAUCUGAUGAAUGCUUCAUUAAAAUGGCACAAACUGUACGUCUACUUUCUAAAAGCUCUGCAACCAAAAUUAUAUUAUGUACAGGAACCAUUAUGCGACCCAUGGUUGAACGUUUGUUUAAAGCUCAUCAGUGCUCGUUCUCUCCAUCACAUCGACGGAACUUGGCAAAUGAGUUUGCAUGUUUUGCCAAUUAUCAAACUAGCAUUUUAUAA